CAUGUCCGGGGUGCAGUCGUUCCUGCUUGACUGGGUGAUGUCCGUGGCCAACCACGCCCCGACUGCGCGGUGGCCCGACAACGGAGGGCAAUUCAAGUCAGCGAUCAAUGCGAUGGCGGAGAACGCGUUCGGCACGGCCCCCGCUAUCAUCCCGCCUGGGCACCCUGCUUCCAACGGUCUCACAGAGCAGAUGAACGCGGUGCUGGGCCGCUCGGCGAGCAGCCGGGCGAAGCUGCAGUCAGUGACUACUGCGCUGAACAACGCUUGCAGGGGCAGGCACUCGCGCCCCCCGGAAAUCCUCCACCGCCUGCCCUUUCCCCGCCGCAGCACGCCCGCGCACCAAGCGGUCCGGGAGCAGAUGCAGGCGCAAGGGGCCGCGGGCGCUGAGGUCGAUCGCGACGCCUUCCUGGUUGCGCACACCGAGAUGGUCGAGAAGGUAGGGGUGGGCGGGAUGCCGCAGGAGCUGAUUGACGACCACGCUUCUGCAGUCAGCACAAUCAGGGACGCCAUCUCGUUCAGGCAGCUGCGGAUAGACAUUGGCAACCGGCUGCAAAAGUCGCGCAACUCAUCCAACAAGGGCAUGGUGUUGCACGCGGGCGACUUGGUGUGGAUCCCGAACAGUCAGGUCGGCGCGAAGGACGCCCAUGACAAGUGCGAGGACGACUCGUUCGAGAUCGCGGGCGUCGCGGGGCAGCUGCUCGAGGGCAGGCGCAGGGGCGCCGGUGCUGGCCAGUCCGAGGGCGCGCCGAGGAUCAUCCACAGGGACAGCGCUCGCCUGGCCAUCGCGGAUAUAAACGAUCCCCAGAGUGAUCCCGCAAAGCCGCGAUCGCUGUCAUCCGGGCAGCGCCCCGGGGCGCUGCCAAAGGUGAUCCGCAUUCCGGACGACGGGCACUGCCCGUUCAGCGCAGCGGCUUACCGCGCGAAGGGCAUCAAGGGCAAG